AAAAACACUAAGCAAAUGUCCUCUAACAGCAGCUCUGUCCACUCCUCCCCUUCUCCUCUCUUCCUCUCUUCCUCUCUUCCUCUAAGACACUCACUCUCUCUCAGUGUAUUCAGGACUCACUCAGCAAUGGACAUGAAUCUCUUCAUCUUAUCAGUGUUUUUGGUGUUUGCAAGAGGACAAGCACAACUAAAAGUGUCCCUGUUUCCAGGGUUCCCCCCUCACCGUCUGUACGUGGCUGAUGAGGUCACUCUGAGGUGUAAGGAUGGCGACACUGUUCACAACAAUGAUGUAAAAUGGUACAAAGAUGGAGUCCAGCUCUCCGACAACAUUCGAAAUGGCAAGUUAGAAAUUGCUGCGGCGACAGUGUCGGACUCAGGGAGGUACACCUGUGAGAGUGGAGGCAAGAGGAGUGAUGAAGUGGAGAUCACAGUGCUGGACAUGGUGCCCCUGGCGUCGCUCUCUUUUUUAAACAGAGCGAAGACUGUUCUAGGUAAAGGAGGUGUGGUUCUCAUGGAGCUCUACGUGGAGGAGGGGCUGAAGGACUGGUGGUGUCGUUAUACAGAAGGUGAAGGUGAAAAGUGGCUCCCUAUCCUGCCAGAGAAGUGGACGAACAGCAACCGCAGUGUGGUCACACACGCUGACGUUCAACAUGUAGGCGACAGGAUCUUCUGGUGCAUGAACACCAAGGCGAGACCAAAGGAGGAGCGUCCACGCAGUAACACCGUCAAGCUCACAGCUACAGAGAAAAUGGUGAUGCUGCAGAUAUCCCAAAGGCCAGCGUGGUCAGGUGAUACUGUCUCUCUGAGCUGUGAUGUGUGGGGUGGUGCACAUGUGGACCAGGCUGUGUUUUAUAAGGAUGGAACAGAAAUCAAAAAGGAUGCACCAAAGGAUACAGUUGUCAUCUCAAAUGUUGCCAAGUCUGACCAAGGCAUGUACGCCUGCAACGCCACCUACAGGUUCAUCCACAUCAGUAAAGAGGCACUGACCCAUAGCAGCUUGCCCUCUGAUCAACAGCUUCUCAAAGUCAUAGACGGUCCUCCUAUGGCCCACCUGGACUGUGAGAAACUGUACUGUGAGUGCCAGAAGUGUAGAGAUUCUGACUCCUACCGCUGGCAUUACACUCCCCCUGGAGAAACACGAACAGUGGUGCUGGAGGAGUCUGACUACUACAUCAGCUCUAAGGGGGCUGGGACAUACACCUGCUCUGCCAAAUUUGAGGGGAUAGGCCAGUCCCGCCACAGCAACGAGUGUAUCCUGAAAGAGAAUGAGAGUGGAGGGCCCUCCUUCAUUGCGCUGCUGGUGGUGGGGCUGUUUGUGGCAGGGUUGCUGAUACUGCUGGUGACAUUGCUUAUCUGUAGAAGACUCAAGAAUCAGAUGAGUGGAUUGGAGAGGAAUAUUGACGAGGGUGUGGACAAUGACUACAUACAACAUUAAUUGUACCAAUA